UUUUUUUUUUUUUUUCGGAAGCUGACGGACGGGUUCCGGUCUCACUGACUCGGACUGCAUUUUUCUGUCAGGAAAUUUGCUGCUACAUGAAGAUUCAGUUUAGAUUGUGCAAAAACUGUAUCCCCAGCUAAACAGUAAAACUAAAUUUUAUACGUUUUUGUGGAUUCUAACAUUUAAAAAGAGGGCGUGUCUUAGCUGCGAGCGGAGUUCCAGUCCCGCUCCUGUCAAAAUAAAGAAGCGACAAACUCUGGGGCUGAGACGGACCGAGCGCCGUCUUUCUUGUGGCAAAUGUGGUAUUUUUAAGGGAGAGCUGGAGAAGGAAUGAUUUUGGACACCUUGACGGGAGUAUAACGCUAUAUGGUGGAUUCCAAAAACAUCUCGAUCUUGGAUUAUAUCUGAAGUUGUUGUGUCUGAACGAGCUGUGUAACCUGGAUAGUUUUCCUGUGCACCUAUGAAAACAAGUAGAAUUAACUGUCAUUUUCAAACUUCGUAACGUCACGGAGAUACGAUUUAUUUCAGUAAUUUCUUUCUAACAGUUAUUAAAGUUGAUUUGUUUGGAUAUUCGUGUUAUUGACAGUAAUUGGGGUAACUGCGUAUCCCGGUCAGAUUUAGUAGUUAGAUUAUUUGACUGCGCAGUAAAUUGCGGUCUGCGGUGUUUCCCUGAUUUUAAAUUACAUUUUGCUCCAGACAGAACAUCCUUUGUGGUAUAUAGCCGGAUUUAUUUAAACAUGAACGAGUUUUAACUUGGUACAGUGCUUAGGAAUCGUUUAAUUAAAACCAAAAAUAACGAAUUAAGAACUUUUUUUGUCAGUAAUAAAUAAAGUUUUACAUAAAGCAACCAUAAUUGCGGAAACUAAUCAUUCGGUGGUUUUAUUUAAUUUUUUUAGAGUCGUUGAUUACAAAUGGAUUUCAUAAAUGCCUUGAAGUUAUUGUUUCACCUUGAUUAGUGCUGAAUGAGACGUUUUCUAAUAUCGGAAAGCGCGCAGUACUUUUAUUAUAAAACUACAUUCACUUCAGUAGUCCUUCGGGAAAUAGAUUGGCCAAAGUCCAAAGAAUGUUUGAACAUUACAUACUAAAGAAGAUUGGUGUGUAUGACAUUGCUGCUUGUCUUUAGCUCGGAUAUAAAGUAAAGGCUGAAAUAAAAGUCCGCGCUUUUGCAAACUGCAUCCUAUUUGUGCCAGCCAUUAUUGGAUUUUCCAUUGGAAUUGGGUUAAUUUCCUCAACAGUUGCAGGUUCGUUUUGCUCCAGAUGCCAGAAACAGAAUAAUAAAAAAAAGCUGCGACUCUUGCAGAGUUCAGGAUGACAGUACAACAUGGUAGUGUUUAGUGUUUUCCUUUCAGGUUUCUCCGAACUCCAAGACGUGGUAAAGUGUUAUUUCCGUUUGAACUUAAACACACAGCGCUUUGCAGUUUAAACCGGGAACAUUUUUUUUUCUGGGAGAACAUCAUACUCUAGUUGCACUCCUUCCCAGGUGUCUCCCCUGGAACAAGGUUUCGAUUUCCCGGCGCAGUUUUGGAAGCCCUGCUUUACAGAUGGGUCAUUACAGAUGCGUUGUGUUGUGUUCUGGGUAAUGGCUUCCAUUGCAUGGAUGGUUCCCCUUUGUUUACAAGUUCUACUGGCAGUUGAAAUCCCAAGAAGAAUAUAAGCAAUGCUAAUAAACAGCUAGCAGCAUCAAUGUCUCUGUGCAUUUAAAGACUAUGUCAGAGGGCAAGGGAUACCACUGACCGCCGCCAGGAGACGCGUGGGGAAUAUUGCCUUCUGAUUACGCUUUCUGCUUGUAGUGGAGGGGCAAAGCAGCAGCUGGCGAACACUAUUCCAGAAAGGUAUCUGUGUAAUGUGAGACACGGAACAAGGAUUUUCCAAGACCUCAGGUUAGCUUGAGACAACAGCCAGCUUCAAAAAUGGAUGAGCAGGAGGCCCUGCACUCCAUCAUGAAGGACCUGGUUGCUCUGCAGAUGGGCCGGCGGCACAGACUGAGCGGCUACGACAGCGUCAAGAGCAAGGCCCCCAGCCACUCCAACAAGCAGAGUGACGUGAGAAUAAAGUUUGAACUCAAUGGAGAAAGAAGAAUAAUCCAGUUUGCUCGGCCAGUGAAGUACGAGGAUGUGGGGCAGAAAGUGAAGACAGCUUUCGGGCAGCAGCUCGACCUGCAUUACAUGAACAAUGAGUUGUCUAUCCCACUACGAGGGCAGGACGACCUGGACAAAGCCAUCGACCUCCUGGACCGGAGCUCCAACAUGAAGAGCAUCAAGAUCCUUCUGCUGUGCCAGGAGAAGAACCACGUCACGUCUCCGUCCCACACCAUUGCUCCCAAGCAGGUGCGAAUCAAAGCCUCCCAGUCCAUGGGAGACGUGAACACAGCCUUCCAGCCCUCUGAGCCCCGGGGCCGGCACCUCUCCGUCAGUUCUCAGAAUACGGGCCGCAGCUCACCCCCUCCUGGCUAUGUCCCAGAGAGACAGCAGCGCAUCGCCCGGCAGGGCUCCUACACCAGCAUCAACAGUGAGGGGGAGUUCAUUCCGGAGAGCCAUGACCAGUGUGUGAGUGCAGACAGACGCGCUUGGUCUCGGAGACAUUGGCAGUUAUCUCAUCCCCUGCCCCCAGUCACCCCCUGCUCCCAGUCCCUCACCCCCUGCUCCCAGUCUCUCACCACCUGCUCCCAGUCUCUCACCACCUGCCCCCAGUCCCUCCCGCUCCACCUCCCUCACUUAUUAAACAUGGGACGGUCACCAUGCUGUGCUCAGGGGCGGUUGCUGUUUCUGUCACUUACUGGUUGCUCUGUGUGUUGCAGCCCUUCCCUUCGGAAAUCCCGGAUGUCAAGAGCGCAGAGCUAUCCUGAUAACAGACAGGAGUUCUCAGAUCGGGAGAACCAGGUCUACGACAAAGCUGGGAAAGGCGGGACGUAUCCACGGCGAUACCAUGUGUCCAUGCAGCACAAGGAUUACAAUGAUGGGCGGCGCACAUUCCCUCGGAUCCGCCGGCAGCAGGGGAACCUCUUCACUCUCGUCCCGUCCAGCCGCUCGCUCAGCACUAAUGGGGAGAACCUGGGGCUAGCAGUGCAGUACCUGGACAGCAGAGGGCGCUUGCGCAGCGCAGACAGCGAGAACACUCUGACUGUGCAGGAGAGGAACGUCCCCACCAAGUCUCCCAGUGCCCCAGUGAACUGGCGGAGAGGGAAGCUACUGGGACAGGGAGCCUUUGGGCGCGUCUACCUGUGCUACGAUGUGGACACGGGCCGUGAACUUGCAGCCAAGCAGGUCCAGUUCGACCCAGAGAGCCCAGAGACCAGCAAGGAGGUGAGUGCGCUGGAGUGUGAGAUCCAGUUACUGAAGAACCUUCGUCACGAGCGGAUAGUGCAGUACUACGGCUGCCUGAGGGACAAGGCGGACAAGACACUCACCAUCUUCAUGGAGUAUAUGCCCGGGGGCUCUGUGAAGGAUCAGUUGAAGGCGUACGGAGCACUUACGGAGAACGUGACCCGGAAAUACACACGGCAGAUCCUGGAGGGCAUGUCCUACCUGCACAGCAACAUGAUCGUGCACCGAGAUAUCAAAGGAGCCAAUAUUCUGCGUGACUCUGCGGGUAACGUGAAGCUGGGGGAUUUCGGCGCCAGCAAACGCCUGCAGACCAUCUGCAUGUCCGGGACGGGGAUCCGCUCAGUCACCGGCACCCCCUACUGGAUGAGUCCAGAGGUGAUCAGUGGGGAGGGCUACGGCAGGAAGGCUGACGUAUGGAGUCUGGGCUGCACAGUGGUGGAGAUGCUGACGGAGAAGCCACCCUGGGCAGAGUUUGAAGCCAUGGCAGCCAUUUUCAAGAUCGCCACCCAGCCAACCAACCCCCAGCUCCCCUCGCACAUCUCGGACCACUGCCGCGACUUCCUGAAACGCAUCUUCGUGGAGGCGAAGCACCGGCCGUCCGCAGAGGAGCUGCUGAGACACCCCAUCUCUCAGACCGUGUUCUGAGCGCGCCCCCAUCUCCAGGCAGAUGGACGGGGGGCGGCCCACCAAGCUGCAGCGUUACCAGCUUCUUCAUCCCGUGGAGAGAAGGGAGCAAUCCAUCACCAGCAGGGGUGCUGCAAAGAAACUAAGUGUGUUGUGUCUCUAAAAACAGAAGCAGUUAUCCAUCAAGUUCAGUGCUAGCACUACCAGUGCAGUCCAGAAGAGGUGACUGCAGGCUGUCAGAUUUCUUGUCCAAAGACUUUGUGUUGCUGAGCCCAGGACCCACUGGAGUAUUCGUACCUGUGCCAGUCCGUCUGAUCUUGUUCCUGCCUUCACCGUCCUCCUAUGCAGUAGCUCAGGAGAGACGUGUGUCUUCAAGCCUUUACCAAAGAGUAUUUCCUCACUGGAGCCACACAGCUAUACUGCCACUGUGCUGUGCCCGGCACCUUCGGGGUUAAAAAAGGGAUUCCGCUUCCGAAGCAUACCAUAAAAGUGCUGUUACUGAGAGUAUUAUAGUGAUUGCUUUAAAUAUCCACUCUAGUAUUUUAUACAUUACCAAAUGCUAUCUGUUACUGAGGCAGGGAGAAAAGACUCUCACAGGGGUUCAGACAUGCCAAAUCCUAGCAUUUAUUUUGUCAGAAAUGCACUUUUUAUGAAUGUAGUUUUUUUUAGCGCCUUUCUUCUCAUAUAAUGUGAUGCCUCUUUUACUUUAUUUAUAUCCUCAAGUUCAUUAAUUGAUGUUUUUUUAUAUCCCGACUCUAAACUGUUUGAAAUCUAAUGAUGCCUUUAAAACAAAAAAGAAAAAGCAGCUGGUUUUGCAGAGAUUAUGAGGAAGGUUUAUUUGUAGUGAAGAGCUGGGAGAAAUGAUCAAUCGCCUUGUUUACUGUCAGAUCUUAUCAAUCCGCAGAAUAACGGUAGAAUGUAGUAUAACUGUAGAACCUGAGGAUUCAUUUAUUUCUACCUAAAUGUACCAAUGUGUAAGCCCAUCAAUGUACAGUGUUACCUGCCUGUCUCCAAAUGAAUAGGCUAUUUGUGCGGGUAUGUAGUCUUGCUGGCACAGUAAGCACCCUCUUUGGCGCAAUGACCAGCUCAUCAUUAAGACUAAUCUGUCAGGACAUCGUUCCUCUCACUAGCUCUCCGUUUAGACCUUUAUCUAGGAUUCAAAUAAGUGCAGGCAGGGCUGCUUUACAAGAACAACUACUUCAUUAUUCAUGGGCUGCUACCAGUAUCUUCAAACCAACAAAACACGCUAAAUGAACCCUAUGGUUCUUUACAAGGAACGGUUCAGUAAAUAAAUAUGCUGAGCUGCAUAAGAGCUUGAAAAGAACAAUGAUUUAAAACCAUCGGUGGUACUUUCAUCAGAAAAGAUGUUAAUUCAUCUUGCUUCCUUCACAAAAGCAAGCUCUCGUUGUCAUGGCAGCCCAUCGCUUGUGAACCAUUCCCUUCAUGGGGUGAGUAAAGAGGGUGGAGGGGUGAUUCUGCAGUAUGUGUCUGACAGGGUGUGAGUAUAGUGGAGAGGGGCUCUCCAGACAGUGAUUCUGCAGUGUGUGUCUCAGCUCUACAGUGGAAUCUGAUAGGGUGUGUUUAUAGUGGAGAGGCGUGCUCCACAGAGUGAUUCUGCAGUGUGUGCCUCAGCUCUACAGUGGAAUCUGAUAGGGUGUGUUUAUAGUGGAGAGGCGUGCUCCACAGAGUGAUUCUGCAGUGUGUGUCUCAGCUCUCCAGUGGAAUCUGACAGGGUGUGUUUAUAGUGGAGAAGGUGGGGAGCACGCCACACAGUGAUUCUGCAGAGUGUGUCUCAGCUUUACAGUGGAAUCUGACAGGGUGCGAUAGUCUGGCAUUUCUCCCAGCCUGACGAUUCUGUUUAGCCCAGGGUACGUCUGCCUCAUUGUUAAGAAUAACAUAACGAAACACAGUUCAAAUGUUUUUUAUACUGUAAUGUUGUGACCAUCAUAUCCCAAAGGGCCAUUCCCAAAAGGACAGGUCAGGAACAUCUUUAAUCAACAUGGGAAAUUAUCUUUUUUGGAUCUUUUGCAUCAAAAGAUGUUAUUUAAACCUUUAUUGACAGCACCAGGUAGCAGUCUAUGCUGCCGAUUUAUACAAGUUCGUACAGCUGGAACAUAUUUGUUUCAGCUCUUCUGACAGUACAUCUAUCUCAUGUGCAGUGCCUAUAGAAAGUCUACACCCCCUUGAACUUUUUUCACAUUUUGUUGUGUCAGUGCCUCAGUUUUUCA